CCGGAAGGGGCGCCCCACGCUAUGCUGCGCCUCGCCUGCUUCCGGCGGCUGCUGGCGGCGCCAGUGCGGAGCGGUAGUGGGGCCAUGCCCCGAAAGGGAAAAGGAGCCGGGAAGGGGUCUGCGGAACCGGAAGUCGCCGCGGGCCCAGUGGUGGCGACCGGCGACGGCUACGUGAGGGUGGCGGUUCGCGCCAAGCCCGGCUCUCGGUGUAGCGCCGUCACAGAUGUGACAGCUGAGGCAGUAGGUGUAGCUAUUGCUGCACCACCAUCAGAAGGGGAGGCAAAUGCAGAGCUGUGUCGCUACCUCUCUAAGGUGCUAGAAGUGAAGAAGAGUGAAGUUAUAUUAGAGAAGGGUGGUAAAUCACGUGAAAAAGUGGUGAAGAUUUUGGUAUCGAUGGCGCCAGAUGACAUUUUAGAAAAACUGAAAAGAGAAGCUUCCAGUUGACCUUAAAACAAGAGUGGGAAAAUGCAUCUUGUUAAAUGGACUGAUACUCUUUUCUUAUGUAACUCUAGUCCUGUUGAGAAUGUGGGUAAUGACUAUGGAAAGACUUCUUCCCCUUCACCCCUUUUAUUAAUGUAGCUCCUGUAUAAUUGAUGUUUUUGUGUAGGUUUGGUUAAAGAAACUUGUCUAUACCAAGGCUUUGUAUCUGCUUCUGUCACUAUAGACUUCUUCCCUCUGGAGAGUUUCCUAUUGGUAAGAUUUGCCCUCUUUUCUGAUCCCUAAAAUGAUUUAAAAAGACUUGUAGUGCAACAAACUUCAGUUAACAAAGUGAAAGGCUUGGAGUGACAGACUUCAAUGUGGAAAGUGGUACCCAUGGUACCAAAGGGUAAGUCUGUCUGGAUGGUAAAGAAGGUUCUCUUCAGUAUCUAGCAGCAGGUACUGGGUGCAGUUUUGCACUGUGUGCAUGUUUGUACAUCUAAGAUUAGUAUAUUUGAAGCCAAUAUACUGUUACUGAUGAUGCAGGCAAGCUAAAAGCAGAAUCACUUAAACAACUGAAACAAACCCAGCAGUUUGCAGUAUGAAAAACUGGCCCAGGACCUACUAAUUGCAUAGAGUGCUGCUUUGUAAUACUUUGUGUUAGAUUCCUGGAAAGUGGAGAUACAGUCUUGUAUCUUUGCCAAAUGUAUGUCAAGUAUUACAACUGUUUUUAAUAAAAGAGGCAAAAAGUAUG